AUGAAGGUGAUACCGGAAGAAGUGGAGGAGUACCUCUCGAAAUUCCGUCUCGACCGUCAGCAACUCCAAGAAAUCUCGGAAAAAGUCGAGGAGCAAAUGAAAAUGGGUCUGGCGAAGACCAAAGGCUCCUCGAUUGCCAUGUUGCCCAGUUAUGUGCCCGCGCUGCCGGAUGGGACAGAGCGCGGAAAGUACGUAGCAAUCGAUUUAUCCGGGAAAAACCUGCGGAUAAUGCUGCUCCACCUGGACGGAAGUGAUCCGCCGAGAAGCAACACCGUCAACUACAUCGUCGCGAAUCAUGUGAUGAAAGGCACCGGAGAUCAGCUCUUUACAUUCAUCGUCAACUGUCUUCAACGAUUCCUUCAGGAAUUCGGUCUCGUCGAUGCCAAUUUGCCUAUUGGCUUCGUCUUCUCGUAUCCAUGCGAGCUGCUGUCCAUCCGCUCCGCCCGUCUUCUCUGGUGGACCAAAGGCUUCGAUAUCAAGGAUUGCCUUCAGAAAGACGUCGUGGCGCUUCUAGAAGAGGCACUGGAGAUGAAUAUGUCGACAAAAGUGAACAUCAAGGCGGUGAUGAACGAUACUGUAGGGCAGCUGGCCGCCGCCGCGCACAAAUAUGGUUCAGAAUGCACAAUUGGAGUCGUUAUUGGCUAUGGAUGCAACUCGUCCUAUCUGGAAAAAACCGCUCGAAUUACGAAAUUCGACGCCAAGGCGCGCGGAUACGAUCAUGAGAAUAUGAUUGUGGUGACGGAAUGGGAGGAGUUUGGAAAAAAUGGGGAAUUGGACGAUAUUUUGACACAAUUCGACAGAGAAGUCGAUGCAGCGAGUGUUCAUAAGGGAAAACAGCUAAUCGACAAGCUAUGUGGAGCGCUGUACAUUGGAGAAGUGGUUCGAAAGGUGCUAUCGCAAUUAGUGCUGGAUAGAGUACUAUUCGAGGGACAAUCUUGUGAGAAGCUCGACGAAGUGGAGUCAUUCCCAACGAAAUACAUUUCGGAGAUUUUGGGAGAAGAAGAGGGCGUGUUCAAGGCGGCCCGCCGAAUUUGCGAGGAGCUGGAGGUGGAAAUGCACGGCACAGCCGAUUAUAUCAUUCUACGAGAAGUGUGUGACGUCAUCUCGAGAAGAGGAGCUAGUAUCGUCGCUGCAGCCAUCGCCGCUCUUCUACGCCACCUGGAACUAUCCUCAGUGAAAAUCGGUGUCGGUGGCGCGCUGAUUCAAUUCCACCCAACCUAUCAUCAAAUGCUCAAGGAGAAGCUGGAAGAACUCACACCAAUCACUAUGAAGUUCGAAUUGGUGCCAGCCGACGAGGGAUCGUGUCAAGGAGCCGCGCUGAUCGCCGCCGUCGCCGAACGUCUAAAAUUAUAA